UGCACAGCCAGAGGUGGGAAUGAAACAGACUCUGAAUGAGGACAAAAAGUGUGAUAGAGGAGAGCCCUGCUUUCCUACCUGUGUUGGAGGAAUAUAGUCAUUAUCAUCACUGAAAUGCCAGCAGAGCCAGACAGCUCCUUCUGAAUGCACCUCUGGAGACAAUGUAUAGAAUCAGGAGGACGCAGAGCUUCGCUGCAUGCCCGGAGGCACCUUUUUUCCUUCUGCCUCCACGGAACGCUUCAGUUCACAAAGGAGAGAAUGCAACUUUCUAUGCUAAGGUGAAGGGUCACCCAGAGCCCGAGCUGCGCUGGUACAGAGAGGAGGAGGCUGUGCCUGAGGCAGGGAGGUUCCAUCUCGAGAGAGUUGGCCAAGGAGCCUACAUCUUCACCAUCACUGAGAUCACCGCUGCUGACGCGGGGAGAUACCGCUGUGAAGUGAAGAACUGUGCUGGUUCCCAACAGAUCACAGUCAGACUGGACUUAAAAGACCAAGUGAGCACGACAGGAGUGUUUCAAAGCAAGCUGAGACGGAUACAGAGCUGGGGAGAGAGCCACCCCCGAUUUGUCACAAAGCCGUCCGGUCAGACUGUGAGUGAGGGGGAACAUGCCGUCUUCAGAGCCAGGGUCACUGGGAGACCCUCACCGCAGGUUACAUGGCUAAAGGACUCUUCCCUGCUGUCCGCCUCCCCUCGUGUGCGGCUCUUCCAUUCAGCAGGGUUCUUCGUGCUGGAGGUGCUGGAGGUGCAGAGAGAAGAUGCAGGAUUGUACACAUGUGAGCUGUCGAGCCCCACAGGCAGGGCCAGCACUGCAGCACAGCUACGAGUCUUAGAUCCUAGCACCUCAAGCAUGAAUCCCAACAGUGUCCGGAAACAGAUCAUUUUGAAAAGUCCCACACACCCUAAAAGGGACCAACUGGACAGGAGACCUCUGGAUGAUAAUAAUGAUACCAUCUCAACCAAUACACAACACAAGCCAAAACAGGACAGCGCUCAGCCAGAACCCCCGGUGUUCACUCAGCCUCUUGCAGACUGCACUGUGGACGAAGGAAGUGACAUCGCUCUUCAGGGUGUUAUCACAGGAACGCAACCCAUUCACAUUUCCUGGCUUCAUAAUGGUGAAACUGUCCAGUUUGGCCAACCCUUCUUCCAGGGAAGUGAGGCACGCCUGGUGGUGAAGGAAUGCCUGCCUGAAGAUGCUGGUGCCUACACCUGUGUGGCAGAGAACAGAGCUGGCAAAACAUCGAGCAGUGCGGCUGUGUGUGUGAGAGACUUUGAAAGUAUCUGCACGGACCGAAGCAUGAAGAUAAAGUGUGCGGCUGUGAACGGCAGGUCAAAGGACAGCAGCCCAGUCUCAGCAGCACUGCCCCAGGCCUCUGGGAACAACAGGGGAGAGAGGGGCCACAGGCACCGCGAAGACUUUGAAACCGUUGGCAUGGACAGAAGCAGAAAAAUACAGGCACCUGCUGUAGACGGCAUCACAGAACAGAGAGGCAGGUCAAAAGCUUCAGCAGCACCGCCCCAGGCCCCUGAGAACAGCAGAGUGCGCAGUGGAGAGCCGGGCCGCAGCCACAUUACAGGUCCUGUCACACCAAAGAGGAAGCCAACUUCAAGUUCAGACUCCCCUCUGCGGCUGCUGGACCUGCAGACUCAGGUGGAGGUGAGGGUUGGAGAGCAAGCAGAGCUGAGUUGUCGGUUUGACGCUAGACUCCCUGUCGCCGCCUGCUGGAUACAACAGAAACAAAAGAUCAGUGAUGGCCCCCGCACACGGGUAGAGACGUCAGAGCGGAGGAGCAGGCUGCUGAUCAGCGACGUGCGGCCGGACGACUCGGGCUGUUACACACUGCUCGUGCGAGACCGCAGCGGCCACGCACAGCACCACAUCACACUCACAGUCAUUGAUCGCCCCCAGCCCCCUGCAGGCCAGCCCUACAUCUCUCAGGUGAGGUCGGGCUCCCUGACCCUGUCCUGGUCUGGUCCCUGCUACGACGGGGGCAGUGCGGUCACCCGCUACAGAGUGGAGGUGAGGAAGGAGGGUCUGGACAGCAGGGGCGGCUGGACAGAUCUGACUACCUCCUGCAGUAGCACUUCAUACCACGUGCACACUGGCUUGGAGCCCCACGCUGAGUACCGCUUCAGAGUGAGAGCCAGCAACGUGGCCGGAGAGAGUGAGCCCAGCCAGGAGUCAGACACCAUCAGGAUGGACAAUGUGGAAGAGAAGCAUGGAGAGCCCCAGCAGUAUAGCCAGGUCUCUAUCAACACCACUCAGAAAGUGACAGACCUGUAUGACCAGCUGGAAAGGCUUGGAGUAGGGAAGUUCGGACAGGUCUUCAAGCUCCUGCACAAGGAGACUGGGCAGGUCAGUGCUGGGAAGUUCUACAAGGCACGCACAUCCAAGGAGAAGGCGAGCGCCCGGCGGGAGAUUGAGCUCAUGAACAGCCUCCACCACCCGAAACUGGUGCAGUGCCAGGCUGCCUUCGAGAACCGCAGCGACAUUGUCAUGGUGAUGGAGUACAUUGCUGGGGGGGAGCUGUUUGAACGGAUUGUGGAUGACAACUUUGAGCACACAGAACCCACCAGUGUGUGCUACAUGCGUCAGAUCUUGGAGGGGGUGCAGUACAUGCACCACUGCAACAUCGUGCACCUGGACCUAAAACCAGAGAACAUCGUCUGUGUCAACAGCACCGGCUCACUCAUCAAAAUCAUCGACUUCGGGCUGGCCAGCAAGCUGGACCCCAAGACUCCCCUGAAGGUGAUGCAUGGGACCCCUGAGUUUGUAGCCCCUGAGGUGAUUGCUUUUGAGCCAGUGGGUUUGGUCACAGACAUGUGGAGCAUUGGAGUGAUCUGUUACAUCCUUCUGAGUGGAGAGUCUCCAUUCCAGGGUAGCAACGAUUCUGAGACACUGGCGCUCGUGACAGCGGCGCAGUGGGAGUUUGAGGAGGAGAGCUUUGAGGCGAUCACAGAUGAGGCCAAAGACUUCAUCAGAAACAUGUUGAAGAAGAACAUGAGACAGAGACUGACCUGUGACCAGGCACUGGCUCACCCCUGGAUGGAGACCUUCAAGACCAUGGACCCCCGAGCCACCAAGAGCCUGUCCAAGAUGAAGAUGAAGAAGUUCCUGGCUCGGCAGAAGUGGCAGAAAACAGGGAAGGCUGUGCUCGCUCUGAAGAGGAUGUCUCUGCUCUCCAACAAACAAGAGACUGCAACAUCACACUGCCCCCCUGUGGAGAAAGACGGUACGGCAAUGUCUUGGUUAACCGUACACAGUGAUCACUGCAAUGAGCUGCAGCUGAGCCUGGAGGAGGAGCGUGCCCUCCACUCUCUGGAGCAGCAGCUUCUCUCCAAGCCAUGGUUCCUCAGUCCUCUGCAAGACCUCAGCAAGCCCGAAGGAUCCAGCGCCUGUCUGCAGUGCCAUAUCCAAGGCUACCCUGAUCCAGAGGUGCUGUGGUUCCGGGGCGAGGAGCCAUUGAGAGAAUCCCCCUGCAUAAAGAUGGAGUAUGAACAGGACGGAAGCUGCUCUCUGCUCCUAUCCAACACCUCUCCAGAGGACUCGGGGCUAUACUCCUGCAAGGCCACCAACAGCCAGGGGGAGGCGGUGUGCUCAGCUAGACUUACUGUCUCCCCCCUGAAAAGCACCAAAAGCAGGUAUAGCCCCAACAAGCCCCAAAGAAGCACACAUGCAUAGUAUAUAAUAUUUAAUAUAAGCUCUUGAAUGCAUUUAUAAUUCAGCACAUGUAUAGGAGUCGGACAUUCUGCAUGUUACUGAAAUCGCUAUAAAAAAUCUAUCAUGCCAGUUAACCUGUAUGAAACUAUAUGAUUGACAUAGUAGUUGUAGUAGUAGUAGUAUUUUUGUCUCUGGACAGUCAAUGUCAAAGUGAUGACGGGAUUAGUCUUGUCCCUGUAGUUCUAUGUAUGCAUCCUUCAGGACAGGUGCUGUGUGGAAGAAAAAAAAAAAUGUAUUAACCGAACUGUAUGUGGUUUAGUUCCUUUUGCUAGCUCCAAAUUCAAUACAGCAGCUAUCUAUAUAUUGAACGAACCAUACUGAAUGUAAUGCGAUGCACAGACUAAAGGCUUUAGUCCUUAACUUUCAUGAGCACUUAAUUUACCCCAAAGGUUACUUCCCUGACCAGUACUCUCCACACUGCUUCACAUGCUGUAACUAUUGAGCCAGUCCAUUCCAUUGUCUAACCAAUUAGUUUUUUCCAGCAAACUACUUUACAGCACUGCAAUAUAAACAUUGAGUCACAGAAAUGUCUUGUCUGGCCAGCAGCUGACCUGAACAUGCCUUCACCUAAAAUUAUAAAACAAAUUAAAAUCGGCAUGCCCAUUUUUAUUAUAUUAGAAUGGCAAUAAUACCUCAGACACUCACAUUCAAUGGUAUUUUCCUGUUUCUGGUGUCUGUGUUGGAGGACUGUGAAGGACCAAUUGUAAUGUGAUUUGUUGCUGCACUGUGAUGGAAACGUUGUAUAAACCACAUAUUUACUAAUUUUUAGUCAAUAAUCAAAUAUGUAAUUGUGUAUCAAAUAAAAUAUUAUUUACAACUCCAA